AUGUCGCAACUGUCACAAGCGGAUGCCAAAGACCGCAACCAUGCCCUCGUCUCCGUCCUCAAAGACCUCAGCUUGCGCGUCAGCGACGAUGACCGACGUCGAAUUGAAGAUGCCCUCCAGGAUUCAGAUGACGAGGUCGGGUCGCCCGUCUCCAUAUCCUCUUCUUCGCGAGCAUCCGCCCCUCAACCAUUCUCUCAGCACUUGCGCAUGCACCCCUUUGCCCCGUCCUCUAGCUAUGUGCCGCUCGGAGCAGAAACCUCGCCUACCUCGGAUCAGUCACCCCUUCCUCGCCUGGACGGUACUGUCCCGGAAGACUCUGGCGACGAAGACGGUGGCGAACUGCCCAAUGUAGUCGAAGCAGGCUUCUUGGGCCAGAUCUCCGAAGUACAGUGGCUACAGACGCUCAGGAGUAGAGUACAAGCUCUCGAUACCGUUCUGUUUGGCCCACCUGACACCACUGCGCCACUCUCUCAGCCACCCUCGCCUACUUUCACUGCGUCACCCACCUCCCUUGCCGCGACCCCGCUCGAACACAUCGCUCUCACCAACUACUAUCUCGAUGACGAAGGCAUCAAACUCACAGACUGUGGGAAUCCCUUUGAGCUGCCACCAGAACAUACUGCAGUACUGCUAUUCCAGUGCUUCACCCAGACCAUCCAAGGCUCCUUUCCCAUCCUCCCCCCAACUAUAGAGCACCAGCUACAACAGUACUACACCUUGGUUCGGAACGGGCAGGCGAUACAUUGCCCGGAGAAAUGGUUUGCGCUGGUCAACCUUGUUUUUGCAAUAGGCGCCAAGUUUUCACAUCUCAUCCAGGCUGAAUGGCGAGCCGACGAGCUGGAUCACAUCGUCUACUUAUCGCGUGCCUUUCAAUUGCUUAGCAUGAAUGACACAAUCGUUGUCCUAACGACUCCGGAUCUGCUCACAACGCAGGCAAGCAUGGCGAUGCGAUCGGCCUUCUCGCUCGGCCUUCACGUGCAACAAGAUGAUCAAUCUGUCUCGGCCGCCCGAAGGCAGAGCAUGGUCUGCACCUGGUGGAGUCUACAUGCACUCGAGAGCAUGCUGAGUUCGAUUACGGGCCGGCCCAGCAUUAUACCCAACGAAGACAUCACAACUCCGCUGCCCAGUGCCGUGAAUAGCGAUCAGACCCAAAGCGUACCUGUGUCCAAUCUCGACUUUCUCGAUGCGGAUAUCCACCUGAACCUCCUGACCCAGCAAAUCAUCUCCAAUCUCUACACACAACGUAGAUCUGCGCCAUCAUGGGACUACGUCCAGCAAAUGACCAUAUCUCUAUGCGAACACCUUGACAAGUGGGCAUUUGAAUACAUUCCCCAAGUUCAUUCCGAAGAACGGAACUCAGCUCGCAUGCAACAACGCGACGUCUUCUUGCUCAAACUUCAGUACUACCGACUGAAGGUUCUGACGACUCGUCCCUCACUCCGCCGUAUUGAACGCUGCUUCCAAGCCGGAACUGAUGACUUCAAUUCGCUCGAUCAGUCUGUGGCAGAGUCGUGCGUACAAGCGGCACGGGAUGUCGCAUCGCUGCUGGCAAACGAGCCUAAUGUCAGGAGUCUAUAUGAAAAAGGGCCCUGGUGGACAAUCGUCCACAACAUCAUGCAAUCACUCGCCGUUCUCAUGAUAGCCAUAUCCUGCCCCGAUCACUUCCGCGACACACUACAAGCGUCUGUGCACAGCACACGGCAACUCGUCACCUCACUCCGCAGCAUGUGCGACACAAACAUGUUAGCGUCCCGCGCCUACCAGGUCGUAUAUUCGAUAGUCAAGACGUCAAAACCGUACGUCUGGGCUGACAUAGCGGACGCCUUCCCAGACGAGGUCAUCAUGGUGCUACAACAACCAGCACCAGCAAAGGUCGACCCGCAAUAUCUACCAUGGCCGGACAACGACCAACCAGCUGAAGCCUUGUUCCGUUAUGAAAUGGACAACUUCGGCAACUACCACUUUCACAUGUUAUGA